GUGUGUCACAUUGCAACUGAGGUGGCGCUUGAAUCAGUUUCUGUUCAACUUAAUUUUCGAUCAAACAUGGGCUGUUUUAUCGAUGUGGAAUUCGGAGUUCGGCCUCGACGCUUGUAUCGCCUUAAGAUUUCUUCCUUUUUAAAGUGCUCCUUUAGGAGCAAAAAUACAAUUUUCUAUUUUGUUAGUUUCGCCGCUUCCUACUAGAUGGUGCCACCAAUACCGUUUCCAAAGCGCGCCGCGGUAUAAAAUUAAAGAAUCCUUUAAAAAUACAACAAAUACACUAUUUAUAUUUUCAAAUGCUCCUUUUAUAUUUAAACACUCGAUAUUUAGCCGAUGUUUCCUUAACAUGAUUGAAUUUUCACGUUGAAACUGUGCAAAUUCUGUUCGCACGAAACAAAACCGAUCGAACCUUGUUAUUGUGGUCGCGAACAAUUGCGUUCGAUGUAUAUGAAGCAUCGUUGUCGAGCAUAAAGAAAAGUGGAACAUGUUUAUAAAGGGUUCGAAGUCGAGUAACCUCGUUUUAUGUUAGUACUAGUCGCUAGCGAACCGUUUACAAUUCCAGAACGAUAUUUCUUAUAUUAUAGAGUGCGCGCAGGAAACUGGCAGAUAGUCAAUCAUUAAGAGGGUAAUCGUUUGCCUUUGUGAUCCACUUUCCAAUUAGAUCGUAGAAAUGAUUAAUUUCGUUUCUAUAUUGGAAUGGCAAGGGAAAGUAAGGGUGAAGGAAAUAGUAUCUUCAUUUUUAUUCCUCAAAUAUAGAAGAUUAUUAAAAAUAGAUUAUACAAUAGCAUGGAAAUUAAGCAAAUAACGGAAUUAAGGUCGGUAAAUCAAGGUGUAUACGUGGAUCAUUUAUUACAUAAACUGUCCGUUGAUACACAUAAGUAACUCCAUCAUAUUUGCUAAAAGUGAAAGAGAAACUUUGUAACUGUUGCUCCACGUAUCAUUAGAUCGUAAAAUUAACAAAAAGUCUCGUUUACUCCACUUGUUCAAUAUCUAUCGGCAAAUGGAAAAGAUGGUCUAAGGCAUGAGGUAACUUUUUUGUAAAAGGCAAUAUUUUUCACAAAACACGGACAGCUUUGAUAGAGGCUGUAUAUCCGUGUCCGUAGACUUAGAUCGCAGGAAGUCACGCAUAUCAAAGCAGCUAUCAGUCAGUAAGAGGAACGAGGCGACGCGUUGUAGGAGGGGAGGCUUUCGAGUUAGGUGUCGAGGGUAGGGGCUAGGCCAGGCGUAUAGCAAGCAGAGAGUAACGCCGGUGGUGGUGGUGGCGUGGAGAGCCGGGCGAAAGGGAAAAUGGUCGGGCGAACACUUUUUUUCUCCCCCAUUUAGAGGCAGGUUUUUUGACACGGCGGUCGUUCGAUCGACUUCCAUUUGUCUCCGAGCAUUCCGUCGACAAAGGUCCGCGAAAACGCGCGUUUGCACCGGUGCAGUCGUAUCUCUUCGCGAAGAUGCAUCACGAUCGUUUCCACCUGACCUGAUCGAUUGCCCGUAUAAAACACCUCUGUUCAGUGAAUUUUCAAUCAAUUCUCGAGGACUCCUUCAACAGUUGCAUCUCUCGAAAGUUUCAACCUGUGAUUUUGUCAGCAUCAGUGUAAACGAUAAGAGGGUAUUUAGGAAGAGGACAACCCGCGCGACCAGGUGAACUGAAAUGAAACAUUGGAUCUGGCUCGUCUAAGAAGCUGCAAGAAUGGUGCGGAGAUUUUCGUGGUGCACGACGGUGGCAUUGGUGGUGCUACUUUUCGUCACAACCGAAGGUCUUCGUGAACGUAGCACUCAGGUCGAUGAUCAGAAAACCGCGAGUCGUGGUAGUCUGAGGUACAACACUAAGUCGUUGGAAGAAUCUACAACUGUAUCGUCGCUUUCGAGAUCGAGAUCGAGCCAAGACAGAAAAAAGUUCUCGAAUCUUGAAAGAUACCACGAAGAAACAACCCUGAGAUCUCCGAUCGAUUCAGAUUCGGUAUUCGACUCGAAUAAGCAUUCGAGAACCUCUUCGGAGGCAUCAGUGAAGAGAAGAAAUGGUAAAAGAUAUUCUCCAGAAAGGACGAAAUCAAAGGACAACGAGAAUGAGACGUCCAAAGUUAUUUCUCGAAGAGUAUCAAACGGGAGGGUCAGUGACCCUCCAGUUACCGAGAGGUUGGACAACAAAGGACCCUCGGUUUUCGCGAUAACCACCGAAUCGUCGAGAUCCAGGACCGGAAGGAAGAUCCAGACGACUUACUCGACGAAAGAUCUCAAGACGCAGAUACCUACCUCGAGGAGAUACAAUAAUAAGAAGGCGGAGAACACCGAGACGACUACAACCUCGUUUAGAAGAGAAGGAAGAGGUAGAUCUACGACGGAACGUAUUGAAAGAAGCACCAGGUCUGGCAGAUCGAAGGUAAAUAACAGGGAGAACAAUUAUAUUAGUCGCAAAGGUCAAGAAGCAGCUUUAUUCGAGUCCGAGAGUGUCAGGGUCGACAUUCCUUUAGCAGUGGAGGGAACAGAGAAUCCAUCUGCAGACAUUGUUACAACUAGUGGCUUUGGUGUUGUUUCUCAGAGAAGAUCAGACACAAAGGAGACACUCAGGAGUAACGCAAGGAUUGGAGUCGAAAGAUCGAAGGGUAGAGGUCGAUCAAACGAUUCUGAAGUUGCUGGGUCUUCGAGGAACAGUUCUCGAAGAGGAUCCUCCAAGUUCAACGACUUCUCGACCACGGAGGCUAACGAACAGAUCGUUAGCUCGCGGAAGAACACUGCCAGAGAUCGUUCAAAGGGUUUGGAAUCUAGAAAAAAUGCUGCCAGUGAAUCAAGAUCGAGAUCUAGGGGUAGAGGCUCUGAAAAUAAUGCGAGGAACGGUUCUAAUGGCGUUCUGGAGCGAGAUGCUAAACGCAAAGUAGUUGGAGAGAGAAAAUCUUUGGAUAGAAGGUCUAGGCUCUCCGAGACCACCCCCAGGUCCGGGGAAAAUAGGGGACAGGAUCAAGAUUCCAGGAGAUCCAGAAGCAGAGCCAGACCGGAUGCUACAACGAUUUUGACUACGGAUGUUACCACAACUAUUGCGCCAGAUACAACAGUUUUCACCGACGUAACCUCCGAGUCCGAAAUGACGAGCAUCACCAUGAGACCAGCGACUCCAAUUGCGAGCACCACGAGUUCAAGACCCGCCACAACCACCAGACCAUCCUCGAGCACAACCUCGACGACCGAGGGAUCAGGAAGAGGCAGAGGAAGAGGCAGAGGCAGUAGCCAAGGAAGAAAGCAGCAGAAGGAAGAUUUCUUUAAUCAUGGACUGGGAUUCAGGGGUAGAAAGCCUUCCCUUGAAGGAGCAUCGAACACUGGAGAGUCUAGAAAACCUUCUGCGCCGAAAAAUGAUUCCCAGUAUCAUGGAAAUUUUGGCUGGACUCUUAGAAGACGACCUCCUAACGCUAAUUAUUCUGAUAACCUCCCGAAGGCUAUUCCUCCCACAAGGGAUCAGACGAACGAAGUGAUUCCUUCGAAUGAGCUGUCGACCAGCACCGAAGUCGUAACAACGGUGGAAAGUUCCACGUCUACCAUGAGAAGAGGCUUCAAAAAGCUCCAGACUACCGAGGAAAGCACCACAGAGGCGGACGCGGCGACGAAGGGUUACAGAAGAGGUGGCAAAACAUUUGGACCUGGCAAGGCGAGCGACCACGAAGAGAGCGACAAUUAUCCUCCCGAGUUUAAGGCGAGAUUGACUCAGUUGAAGACUACGAAUACGAAAAUACCAGCCUCGAAAACUACCUCUAGAACGCCAUUGGAGGUGAAGAGAUCUUCGGCCGCACUGUUCGCCGAACGAUCGAGGAUGAAGCUGGAACUGGCUAGGAGGUUAGUGAAGCCAGAGUUGAACAUCGAGGAGAAUGAUCUCGACGCAACCACGGCCUCCUCUUUCAGCAAACCGAAGCCAACCGUGCUGUCAACGGUCGACGAGACGAGCAAGGUCACCAAAUUCGUUAAACCCUCCCAGACUUCUCGUAGAAGCUCCACGGAAAAGAGGUCCAAGGAAAACGAGAAAGCGUCGAAAGUUUCCGCAUCGGGGUCAACCGUCGAGGAUUCUUCCUCUAGACUGGCUAGACCGAACUCGAAGAAAGGACGAAUCAUCUCGGAGAGAAUGGUCACCUCGAUCUCGGUGGAGGAGAGGGCUGCCAUCGAAGACACCACGAAGCCAUACGCGUCCACCGUUCACUCCGUCGUCACCUCAGCCUCCGCGGAAGAGGGAUCAGCUACCACCAUCGACUCCACCAGGAUUCGCUUGUCCAAUUUUCGAAACGGAAAGAAAUCCAAGGAAGAGAACUCGACGAACAAGAGACGCAUAGAAAACCAUCACACCAUUACCACUUUCAAGCCGAAGAAACCUUAUGCCUAUCAACCACGCGGUACCAAAUUGCAAGAACAAUCUACUACCCCUGUACAGAGUCCCGUAGCGUCGUCUAAAAAGACCUAUGCCUCUCCAAAGUACAACGGAGGGCAAAGAAAGUCGCAGACCUCUCUGGAAGAGGAUGCUAAUCAAAGGAUCAAGUCAACCGGUGUUACCAAACCCACCUUCAGACCCCGUUACAGCAAAAGAACGAAGCAGAAGUCGAUCGAGGAUAAACCGACGGAUUUCGAAGCGACGAUUACCACGAAGGUACCCAUUGCUACCAGUAGAUACUCCAGGAAGAAGGCUGUAGUGAAGGCUACAGAGGCUAAGUCGAAAGCCACCACGGAAGGAACAGCAACGCAGACGAAGAAGCUGGAGUUUCGACCUAGAACCGCGACCUAUAGAAGGCACUCCGAUGUUCCCACGACCUUGGUAGAAGUCAGUACCAAGGUCGAUGGUACCAGAGUCGCCAUCACUCCCAGAUCCACCAAGUUCUCCGCGACGUUGAAGCCGACAGAGAGCACCCGAUCGGUAGCGCAGGAACCGCAGAUGAACCUGAAGAUCGCGAACGAUACGACGCAAGAUGGAUCCGGUAUUACAGGCAGCAGCAAUGGCGACAGCGGCAACACGAAUAUCUUCAGUCCGACCAGAAGCACCAUUCUAACCGGGAACAACACGCUGUUGGAACAACUCCGAAGCACGGUCGCUCCGCUUCUCAACUCGCUCGGUAACAAGACUCCUGUGUUCUCUGGAUCAUACAGCAACGUUAACAAUGCGAACUCACCUCCCAGAAUCACGCCAAAUGGAUCGCCGCCACGAUUUAGCGCGAGAUACAAAGGUGCGGAAUUGUUUGUCAGGAAACAAAAUAAUGUUUAUCAGCCCACUGUGCCAUCGAUCACUAGCUCCUCCACUACACCAGCCACAACUGUAGAGAACUCUGGCUCGGCACCGCCUAUCGAUGUCUCGAGUCCUGGCGAACCAAGGUUGUUGACUCUUUAUCAGGCGUUGGAAUCGGCCAACAUCAGGAACGAACAAUUACAGGGGAACGCGAGCGAACAAGCCGACAGGGUUCUCCAGGUAGACUCUAACGCCACUGUCGCUAACGACAUCAGCAGUAAUUCUAACAAUGACACCACAAGCCCCUCCGUAGCGACCACCAGCCCACAGACCCCAGACACCAUCGCGAACACUACUCUGACCCCGAGAUUAUCCGAGGAUACGGAGAACACCACCCCCGCGGUUACCACAGGAGCCCCUGAAACCCCUGCGACCACCGAACAAGUCACCACAAUUACCGAACAAUCCACUAGCACCGAACAAGCUUCCAUCAGCACAGAAUCGUCCUCCAGUACCGAGCAAGCCUCCAUGAACGCUGAUUUGAUGUCUCUCACUGAGCAAACCAGCACGGAUGCAACCACCACGACAGGAGGCUUGGAAAGGAGUCAGGUAUCCUCGAUGAUGACUACCAUGGAGGCUUCUACGACGGCAGCCUCCACGGCUGAUGGAAGCACACCAGGGGCGACCGAAGUCGCAUCUACCACUCAAACGGGGCAAAGUACGAUGGAGACUACCACUGUAGCUGCUGUUAGCGACGCUGCGAUUAUGAAUACGUCUGAAAAUCCAGAGAGCAAUACCAUACCUUUGUCUGAAACGACAGCCACUCAGUCGGUUGAUUUAAGUUCCACUGAUAUUCCUACGACUGAGGCGAUUUCUAAUAAUAUGGUCGACGCGGAAACGACCACAGUAGUACCUACUACCACGUUUCGACCUAGAUUGAUAGAUUUAGCGCAGGAUAUUCUGUCUCGUUUGCAAGCGUCUCUGAACGCGACCACGCAGUCCAGUCUAGACUCCACGACCACACCUCCUACGACUGAGAUAUCGAACGCGAUACCAGAUUCGAAUAGUACCCUGGAGAGUCUGUCGCAGUUGAACGGAAUAGGAACACCUGGGCCAGGAGAAUUCUCAACUACCGGUGAAACUACCACCCCCAGUGCAGUAGGUUCAGUCCCUACUACGUCAUCUGCCACCACAACCGACCCGUCCAACUCAAUGGUAUCUACCCAAGAAGCCAACACAUUGGACGAAUCAAGUCCAGUCACAACUACCACACCAGUAACACAACAAGAUUCUCAAACAGUUUCGAACACUGAUUCAACCACUGUAGGCGACUCGAACAGUUCCUCCAGCCCUCUGUUAGACGUUGAAGUAACCACCGGCUCGACGAUUACCACCACGAACGAUACUUUACUGACUGAAUUAAUGUCCAUCGCCAAGACGCUCUUUUCGGAAGAGAUAAACGACACCGAGACACCGGUUAUCGUCCAAACUACCACCGUUGUUUCUGACGUAGAAAACUUAACGGGAAACGAGGUUGACCCAUUGUCGAAUGACACGUUAGGCGCAAUUCAAGCCAUAGAAUCGUCGUCGAUUUCGCCAGAUGUCACGACAGAAAUUGUACAGUCAACACCAACCACUGUAGCUAUGUCAGACACUUCCACUGUUUCGGUCGAUCCCUCGCAGAACGAGGUGGACUCAACAGAUCCCACCGUGACCGUAUCGUCUUCGGAAAGCUCGACAGACACACCCAGUACAACCCCUGAGAGUAACGUGUUCGACAACCAGGUGGAUAUCGCGCAAACGAACGACGCCACUACGUUAGGAACACCCCUCGCCGAGAACGUAGAGUCGACCACCACCCCCUCGGUCACGACAGACAACGAACGAACGACCCUCUCGAAUGACGUGUCGUCUAGGCUCGAAACUGGCCUCGACACGACGACUCAAUCACCGACAACCACGCAAAGUUCAGAGACGACAGUCGCACUCACAGUUAAUUUCGAAUUAACCACUAACACGUUCGAUUUGACAACGCCUGGUACGAUAACUACAAGCCCUCCCAAAACGGCUUCUGAACAAAUUACUGAGAACGUCACGGAAACCAUGAUGCCAUUAACCAAUCUCACGACUGUAACACCAGAGCUUGCGACCGACACUAGCACUAAUCAACCUGAAGCAAUUACGAUUCCUGAAACAACCCUAUCCACUGUAAAUACGAUCACUACCACACCGUUAGCACUGCCUGAAAUGAUAGUUGAGCAAACUACCAUGGUGUCCACUCCAGAGUCGAUCCAAAGUGUAACCGACGUAACAACCACGUCACCAGUCACAACCACAACCCGAUUGGACGUUAAUUCGAUGGAUGACACAGAGGUUACUACUAACCAGACCCCCACAAUGGAAACCACUACUAAUACGCCCAGCGAAACAACAAACAUCCCCCAAACGACCCCAAGCCUCGAGAACGAAACUCCAACUGUUGUUGACCCUUUCCAGGAUACGACGUCAGCAACCGCCCAAGGGACGGCAGGUUCAGGAAUGGGCCAAACGACCGAAAUCACCACUCCCAUGACCAUCCUACCUUCGACCCCUCCGUCCUCGCAAUCCUCCACUUCGCCCUCUCUCAUGUCAACCACUUCAUCUUCGGUCGAGACUACGACUACGACCGCGACGAUGACUACGACGACCCAGACUACGACGAAAAUCGGACGCAUUCCCGAGCAGUUGUCAACGACACAGUCGACCAGCAUGGGUGUCGUCACUGUCACGCCGAUGCCCGAGACGACACUUCCAACCAUGGUGACUAAUGCCAAUAUAGAGGAGAAUCUUGUUUCCACCGAAGCUGGGACGACGAUGCAACCCUUAAGUACAAGAAUAGACGGUGGGCAGGGUGCCAUGAACGAGUCUACGACUGCUAUUCCUACGACUGCUACCGAAGCAACGACCAUGUCGAUGCCAACAACUCCUGGAAGUUCAACGACCACCGCGCCACCUAGUCCAAUUUCUCAGCCUCCCACGACGUCGUACAGUGGUCGAUUCGGGGGAUCCAGGCUGACGCCUGCCCCUCGGUUCAGCCCCAGCUCCAGCACCAGAGCUCCUCUACGAGACUACCUGGUCUACGGGAUAUAUCCGAAUAAAACGAUCGUUAGGAAACGACCAGAGGACAACCUGAUCGACGCGAGGAACGUGGACAGCCCGUACGUGAUAUUCGGUAUCUUCCCGGAUGGCAGGCUGGUCCGGAAAUUCCCGAACGGAACGAUUAUACCGGAUCCACCUAGGAGCCCCGUCGAGGUUGUGUUCUCACUUAGCACUACCACUACCACUAACAGGCCACCACCCAGACCGUAUUAUAACCAGGCUAACCAAGGCGUUUACAAUCAGUAUCAAGGCCCGGUGUACAGUAAUAUUCGUAGACCUGAGCCGAUGAGAAUCGUCCAAAGUCCCGGCACCGUUGACCUCGGCCUUACUGGUAACGCGAUCGUCGGCCCCAAUGGAGGUGGACCCGGUUUCACGGGGCCACUUGGUACCCCUGCUAGCCUCCCGAGCACCAACGAAAUGAGCAAUGCCCUGGUAAAUACGCAAAUGGGGACAGCGUCGGUAACGCCGAUAGUAAGUACCGGUCGACCGGCGACCGAUUCGCAGGGCGGUCGUAUCGUCCAGGAUCGAGAGAGGGACGAGGCCACCAGGACGAAAGAGGUCGGAGGUCAACGCAGCUCCGUGUACAUCGGACAGGACAAGUUCGUCAAUUAUUGGACCGACGGCGCCUCUACCACUAACCCCCGUGUGCUGAGCGUGAAUAUAAACUCGGUGGCUACUGCCGCGAACGAGGGUCCAGCGCCAUCCGUACCGUCUUUCGAAAAUCUAUUGAACAAUCAGCAGGGAGGAGGUCGAGUCACAGCACCGCCUGGAUUCCCAUGGAGGGAUCCAUUGGAUCAAAUUUUCGGUAUUACUACCUCCUCGCCGAUAAUAACAGCUUCAGUUGCAUCGAACUCGCUGGAUGAUUCGGCAGAAUCAGGUAAUCCAGCUCUACCGCGACCGAUCAAUCCGUUUGUCGAAGUCUUCACACCGUUUUCCAACACGAUUGGUAUGCCAGGAAGCAAUGCAGGAGGUACCUCUGUUACUGGAGCAGUUCCUAGCACAACAGCAACAAUUCCUACUACCCCUAGUACUACUACUGUGUCUACAACAACUACUACCAUGGCACCAACUACUACUACUAUGGCACCAACAACUACAACUACCACUACAGCAGCACCAACAACAACAACUACUACAAUGGCUCCAACUACACCUUCACAGGCUACGUCAACUGGACAAGCUGCAAAUAUUGGACCACAAGGAACAAUACCACCAACUCCUACAAGCACGUCUGUUCCUCUUCCAUCAACGACUCCGUUGAAUAUACCAGCAAAUUUGUUGACAAAUAUGCAACAGCAAAACGCAUUUGGAACCUCGGUCAAUGAUUUGGUGUUCUUGAAUUCAUUGUUGCAGAGUAAUUCGCCAAGUUCCACGACGAAAACGCUGACGCAAGUUGAACAGCUGUUGGCUAACAAGAUUUUAUCUCUGGCACUGAAUGGCCCUAACCCUGGACCAACUCGAGCGCCAAAGGCCAUCAACUACGAGAACGCUUCUCCAAAUUCGGUUUUCCAAUCUCCAAAGCCAUCUUACGAGCCAAUAGUGAUCGAUUUAUCCCCCUCGUCGACAGCAAAGACACCCGCGUGGAAAUCAUUAGAGCAAACUAGUCAAAGACCAUCACCGAGUAGUUCGACACCGACACAGAUCACGUGGAAUCCGGUCACAACCACCACCUCCAAAAGAGACAUCAUAACAAGCACGAUAUCCUCUUCCACAACAGAUAAAACGACACUGAUAAGCACGACUAAAGCUCCUGUAACUGUUUCAAGUAAACCAGUGACCACUCCUCGACCCAGAACCACCACCGAGGCGCCAUUAGGCUUCGCUGGUCUUCUGUGGCAGACUCUUCUGGGUGGAGGAGGACUGUUCGGUCCUUCAACGACCCAGAGACCCGUCAAAUCUAAACCGGUGAAAACUGUAACUAAAUCUGUGAACAUCACGCCGAAACCACCUCAGACCACCCCAAGACCGGAAACAACCACAGUUCGUACUACUACGACCGUUAAAUCCGUUGAUAUUUCCAAGAUCUACGUGAACACUCCAAAUUCGAUCAUAGAGGGCGAGAAAAAGGCGACUACACCUCCUUCGUUGUCCACGACAAAAAAAUCCUUGCUGAACAAUCCUAAACCGAAAUUGCCUAACGUUGCUACAUCCACGUAUUCCCCUGAAGAGGAUACCAAGUUCCUGCUUUCGCUCCUGCAGGCUGUUCAACGGGAAGAGAAAGCGAGUGGUUCGAAAAAAUCACCGAGUGUAUCGCAGGACGAUGAAGCUUUCUUAAGAGCGAUUUUAAGCGGACGACCUCUUACAACUACUCCUGCUCCACAGACGGAAAUCAGCAAUGCUGCCCUUUUGGCUGCAUUGUUAAAGGCUCAAGGUAUAGAACCGGAAACGCCUGCUACCAACAUCAGAGAGCAACUGCAGUUGGCUAGCCUCGGGCUGAGCGUCACCUCUGCUCCGACCGCAUCCCCGGCUACCACUGAGUCUACGACAAUUACAACAAGGCCGACUUCGACUGCAACUCGACCUACGGAUACCACGAAAAACACGCUGACACCGAGACCAACCUCAAGACCAAGGAUACGCACAACAACGUGGUCGCCGAGCUCCACGUAUCCACCUCCUCUCUUUAGCUCCUUCUCCAAUUACGCUACACCGGUACAGUCGGCCGCCGCUGACAAUUCUGAAAAUCGGGCGUUGUUUGGUGCUACCAGGGCGUUCAGUCAAUUUCUUGGUGCUGCAUUAAGCGGAGCGGCACAACAAUUGCAAUCCUUAGUGAGGAAUGGUACUAGGAUCGUUUCCGAAGUAGUUGGAUAAAAUUAGCAGAAAAUAAUGAAAAUUGACCCGUAGAAUAAAAAUGAAAUUUGGCAGGAGUGAAAAUCUGUUACUUCGAAGGAGCUGGUGGUAGCGAUGCUUCGACUAAGUAUUCCUUUAGAUUAUUCAUUAAAACUCUGAGAUUUUUAACAAAUUUAAUCGACAAGUUAUCGAUGUUGAUGAGAAACUUCUCGAAAUUUUCUCCUCUUUUUUUUAUGUAUAGAUUCGUAGAAUUACGUGUAAUAGCUGUUGGGUGAUUACGUGUUCUAUUUUUAAUCAAUUUAGGUGAUAAAGAGAGCAAUGACGAAACUAUUGAAAAAAGAGUAUCGGCUGGACGCCUUGCAAACGUUUCUCAGGUAGGAGCGGGCGACGGCUCGUACCUCUUUGAAACAUUUGUAACGUUGGUCGCAAUUAAGGUAAUUAAUCGAGGACGACGCGGCUCGUCACGACUCUCUGGACAGUGACGAUCCGUGGUGUCCCGUGCGAAAGAGGGCGGUUUCAGGCCCACCCACAAUGAUUGAUUCGACGACCUCUCGUCGGCUGCAAGAAGCUGGUAAUUUAUGAAACAGGGAGAGAAUGAGAAAGAAUGCGUGCAUAGGUGAAUGUGUGUAGAGAAAGACAUGGUUCAAAGGGUGGAUAGCGAACGCGUCAAGGGAGUAUUCUGUACAGUUAUAUAUUUUUUUUCUUUUUUAUAUGAUAAAACUGGAAACGUGCAUAAUUGCACGAUUCUUGGGUCUUGUUUAUCUCCUUCGAGGAAAAUCAGCUUAGCUGUUACGUUAUUGUUGACUUUUGUUUUACGAAACUGUGUCUCGAUUCUUUUGUAAAUCCGUUUUUAUUUUUUAAUCGUGGGAUCGACCAAAUGUCCUUUGUAAACGAACGAUAAAUAAACAUAUCGGGAAAUGUAGACCCAGGAAAUAGUUGUGUCUCCUUUAGGUUAAAUCCUUUUUUCAUUCACCAUUCGAGAAGGGAUCGAGGAGAAAAAAAAUAAAACACUAGAUGGUUAAAUUGUACGCGACUUCUUUCUCGUUUUCUUCCUUUUUCUCUUGUAUACCUCGCAUUCCCCUUUCCCGCAAGAACAACCGUGAAGAUCGGUCCGGAAUAUGAAUCAUUCGCUGUGUCGUAUUUAACAGUCAUUAGGGACAGAUGACUAGACACGAUGUAAAGUUGAAAGUGACGCACCAACAGAAAUAAUAAAUAAUUCCUAAGGAUUACAUCGUGUAAUUACAAAAGCAUUUACAAAGA